CCUGGACCAAUCACGGACGAGGAGGCUGCCGGUGCUCGUCCCCGCACUGUUGGUGCCGCAGCUCGUUCCAGGACGCCGUCAGCUCACCUGGAGACCCGUAGCCGAGCAGACCUCCCACUCCUCUGGAAAGUACCGGCCACGAGUAACUCCAACGACGGAAUACGACGUCCCGACCAGCCGCUCUCCUCUCCUCCCUCCGGCCGCUCCAUGGCCAUCGCCGCCCCCCACUCUGUGCCUCUGGGAGGUAACCUUCAAAGGCUCUGCUCGGUGCGAUGGACGACCAGCUGAGGGAUGGAGAUGGACAGAAUCAAAGGACACGUUCCCUCCACUGUGACUAGAUGAAGGGAUGCUCACCUUCUUCAGGAAGUGUGAACCAGACUGCACCGAUAGGAAAACAUAUUAGUUCCUCUGGAGUCCUCUUCUAAGAGCAGUGUCAGACUUCUUUUUUUUUUUUUUUUAGUUUGUGUGCUUUGCUGCUUCAGCAUCAGUCGUAUGCUGACUGUUCAUCCUUGUGAUGUUGGUUAUGAGUUGUCCAUCUGCCACCAAUGAGCCAGAGAGCUGCAGCAGCGAGGGCAGCAGCUGCACCGCGUCCUCCAUCACUACCUCGGAUCCGUCCUCUAUGUCUGGACACUCUCACUCCGCCCUGCCUUCCCUCAACCCCGAUGCCACCAAGCAUGAAGCCCCGCCGCCUCCACCCCUCCCGCCCCCGCCUCCAGGGGCGCCCCCGCCACCUCCACCCCCGGCCACUGGAAACCACAAUGUCAGGAAGAAGCGUCGCGUGCGCAGCUUCUUCUGGAAGCCGAUCCCAGAGGAGAAGGUCCGCGGGAAGCCCAACAUCUGGACGAUGGCGGUGCGGCAGCAGCAGUACCAGAUCGAUGUCCGCUCCGUGGAGGAGCUGUUUGGGCAGCAGGAAGAGGCAGUGGCCGGCGUACGCGGGGCGGCACCGACCACCGGAAGCUCAGCUCGAGUGGCCCGAUCACGGUCCUUCAAGGAGAGCAGCAAAGAUGAGAUCAGCAUCCUCGACUCAAAGAGGGGCAUGAAUGUGGGCAUUUUCCUCAAGCAGUUUAAGAAGUCCAACCGCUCCAUUGUUGAAGAUAUACGACGAGGAGAAGGGAAGAUUUACGGAGCAGAGCUGCUCAAAGACCUGCUGAAGCUGCUGCCUGAUGUAGAGGAGAUCAAGAAGCUGCAGGCGUUCAAAGGCGAUCCAGACAAGCUGACGCUGGUUGAUUCCUUUAUGUACCUGCUGAUCCAGGUGCCACGGUUUGAGGUUCGGAUCGAGGCCAUGGUCCUCCACGAAGAGUUCUUCCCGUGUUGUGCAGUGAUGGGACACGAGAUCGAUGUCGUCCGAGUCGCCACUAAAGAGCUGAUGGGCUGUGAGGAGCUACAUGCCAUUCUUCAUCUGGUGCUGCAGGCUGGAAACAUCAUGAACGCUGGCGGCUACGCAGGAAACGCCGUUGGAUUCAAGCUGUCGUCGCUCCUCUCUCUGGCUGACACCAAAGCCAACAAGCCAGGAAUGAACCUGCUGCAUUUCGUGGCCAUGGAGGCGAAGAAAAAAGAUGAGAAGCUGCUCAAGUUUCCAGAGAAACUUCAGGAUGUCCAGAGUGCAGCCAGAAUCUCAGUGGAAAACAUUGAGGUGGAGUUUUCCUCCUUGUAUGUCCGAAUCAAAUCCCUGGAGGAGAAGGUUCAAGGAGACCAGGAGCUGCUGCAGCAGCUGGAGCCUUUUCUGCAGAGUUCAACACGGACACUGCAGGACCUAAAGAGACGCAGGCUGGAUCUGCGUAAAGAGGGCAACGCUCUGAUCGAUUUCUUUUGUGAAGAUAAGGACACCUUCAAGCUGGAUGAGUGCUUCCGGAUCUUUCAAGACUUCUGCAUUAAGUUCAAGAAAGCCGUUAAGGACAACAUGGACCGCGAGCUGAAGGAAGCUGCCCGACAGCGUCGUCUCCGAGAACUGGAGGAAAAGCGUUUUGCGUGGUCGGGUGCUGACCAGAGCGGCGGAUUCGGUCGGAGCAGCAGCGAAAACGACGUGGAAAUGCUCACCAAGGAAGGUCUCCUGGACUUCUUCCAGCAGAGGUCUCAGAGUCCACACAGCCCACUGGGUCGCUCUGCCAGCGCCCGCCGCCACCGUCACACCAUGACCUCCAUAGCAGAUCGGGAGCUCCAGGGAUAUCUGGAGCUAUUCGGGAGCUCUGGGAAUCCCACAGACUAUUCCAAGUUUUACAGCCUACCUCGGUCAGGCCGAGCUCUCCAGAGGAAGACGACUCCCUGGAUUUUAGCGCAGAAUGACAACCGAGAGCUGGGCUGUGAUAGACAAGUGACCUCUCCGCACGCAGAAACUGAACCUAUCAGCCCACUGGCCAGGUUUUCCUCCUCUGGACUCAAUAAUAACGAGGACCCAUACAACAACAACAAUAAUUACUCUUCUGUGUCGGAGGGCAGCGCUCUGCCUCGGCCCUUUUGUGUCUUUCAGAAGCCCGCCCAUCUUCCCAACCCAGCAAUUACCGGCCACAUGAAUGUCAGUGUGGAGAAGCAUAUGUUAGUCCAAGGGCCUCAAGCUUUUGACCUGCCAAGUCCAAACAACAACAGUAAUCACAUGCACUUUGUCAACCAGGGGGAUGUUGUGGUGACAAAUCUGGAACAGGAAAGACAGUCGCCUCCCAAGAUUCUGGAAAACCUUCUACAUGAUAAAGUUAAAAUCAGUGCUCCCACACAGGCUGGAGUCUCUCCUGAGAAAGAAGAAGAGGACUUCAGCACUGUUUCAUCAACAACCUGCGACACUCCCCUCCCGCUAGACACUUCAGUAUCCAAUAAGAAGCCAGUGUUUUACAUACUAGACUGUACAGAAACGGACUGCUCGGUCACAUUGGAUUACUCUGAGGUUGAAAGCUCGUCAGCAAAAGACGGACUUCACUUGAGAACAACUGAUCAGGAGACGCAGCAAGAUCCGAGUUCUCUGUCCUCAAAUUUGGAGUCCAUGUCACCCAACGACCAGUCCGUUUCAACCAGUGAGCUCUUGGCGCUGAAAUCCGUGGACACGGCGUCCGUGACUCCGUCUGCCACCACAGAAGAGUGGGACACGGAGAGCUGUGACACAGCUGAGGGGAAACAAGGUGCAGAGAAAGACGCUCAGAGGAACAGCAGGAAACCAGCGCAGACUAAGAGCAAAGCCAACAAACCGACAAAGAGCAGCGGCGGUCGAGGUGUGCGAAUGCUGACCAGCAGUGAGAGCCAGGGCAUGCGGAAAGUUGUGCCCAUCAGCAAGCUCACCAGGACGGGCAGCAGCAAGCGAACAGAAAGGCCUUCAGUGGACGGUGGAGAUCCACGUCGGCCUCUCCGUGACCAGAGCACCCCGGCCAGAGGAAGAAGCGAGAAGACAACCAGACCUCCUCGACACUCCAGUCUGCCUCCCGAUGAGUCAAAGCAGCGGGCAGGAAGCCUCACAGGUAGUAUUUCCAGAUGGGCCCGUGACUCGAUGCCGAGGAAAGCGUCCAUCCACAAGCCGAGCGCCAAACCCCUGAGGAACAUCCCCAAGCCGGCGCCCGAAGAGAAGAUGUGCCGCUCCACCAUGAGAGCUCUUGCCCAAACUCAGAUGCAGGCUGGAGCUUCCUCCGAGAACAGCAGCUCGCACACGCUCAGUGCAAAAAACGCCUCCGACGUCCCCAGCUUUGCGCGUAACACUGUAGCUUCAACGUCCAGGACCAAGAAGGAGCUGGGCCCGCCGUCUGUCCCCUCCACUCCAUCUCGAAGCCCUUCUCUUCUGGGCCGACAUGCCUCCGUGAAGCAGACUCGGGUGUCACCCACAAUUCAUGCCAGCGAGGAACGGCCGCCGGGGACGAACCUGCGACGGGUGCAAAGCGUGAAGGCAGCAAGUCGCAGCACCUACCGCAGCGAGACCCCACCUCCACCUGCAACACGAGAGGACAUCCGUAAGACUAGCAGCUUUUCUGAAAAGUCUGUGCAGCCCAGAGACUUGGUGACGUCCAGCAGAAGCACGAAGCCGAGCUGGAAGUGAAACCAAAUGUGAUGGAAACUGACUGCAGAAAGACAAGUUGAAGUUUCGUCUGUCUGUCUUUCUGCUCUUCUUGUCCAUCUACAGUGCAGUUAUCCUCCCAUUUCAUGCAAAAAUACAAGAAUCUGAAGAACACAUGAAGCUAUCUCACCUUGUAAGGUUUAAUCCAGUAGCCGAGUCUGUAUCAGGUUUAUAAUUGCAAAAGAACAAGAUGCAAUGAACUCCUCCACAUGUUCUUGUUUUGUUUGUACAAACAAAUCAGCUGUUCACAACUUCCUUUUUUUCUAAGGGGGUGGGGCAUUAAUGAAACUGACAAAUGGCAAAAUGGUCUUUUCAGACAGAAGCUUUUUUUUUUGCCUGCUUAGCUGUCUGUGUACUGGAUGUGCAAGUGUCUGUGAUGAUAUUGAUGUCGAACACUACUGACUUUGUUGAUGCUGCUAAUUAGCUCUGACAAUUGGAGACCGAGUUUCAGUGUCUGUUUCAUUCAGGGUUGUACCUUACCUUUGCUGCUGUUACGGUGUCCUUUAGUUUUGCUGCUCCUUCCUGUAGACUAAUGGCGCUUUGUUUUUUGCUUCGUGGUUCCUUUGCUUUGAUACCUCACAAAGAUCGCAGUGGCCUUGUACCAGCAGAAAAAGUAGAAUUGUUCGUUUGGUUCUGCAUGACGAAGAUGUAGAUGAAAUCUGAUCGGUUUUAAAAUAACUGCAGUGUCACUUUUUUUUUUUAACAAAUUCCUGGCAUAUUGAUGUUACCGCAAUAUAUAAAGUCACAGAUAUUACACCAGUGUAUACCAACCGUGGUACUCCUCGUACCUUGUUUAUGUAUGUCAGUAGUUUGUAAAUGUGUUAGAACUCCUCCAUAAUAUCUUGGAGUAGACGUGCACGUAGGAAACGUUUCCUAUUUAGGCUAAUACAUAAACGCUAAUGCUGUGAAAGAGAAGCAUUGAACUCGUCUGAUACAACUCUGAAAAUAUUAGUCAUGUGAUUAUUUUGAUGGUCUGAUCUAAUUUUUCUGCUGUAAAGGUUGUUGUCUCAUAUCUUCUCAAAGCCUGCGCCUUUAUUGACGAGGUUCUGUUCUAAACGGUCAUAAUUCAGCCGAGCUCCAGUUUGUUGCUCUCUUGUGUUGCCAUUAGAGUCUCAAGAGUACAGAGCUGGUCAACGAGAUUUCUGGAAAAUGAAUUCCCAGUAGUGGUUGAAGAGUAGUGGUUGAAUUCUCAAAGUCACUUUCAUUUUUAGACACUUUGGCAAGUUUUGACUAUGUUUCUCAUCCAUGGAGUUGGAAAUGAUGAGCUGCUUCUCAUUUAGUAUGGCACAAAAAUAGGAUAAAAGAGCACAUUUUUUUCUAGCGUUUUGUUGUUUCUCUCUUAUCUCUCAGCAGGAUUAGAUAGAAGCUAUCAAGCCAAUUUUAAAUUACAUCUGAUGUCAUUUUCUGAACAUUUUGCCUUUACUUUUGAUGGUCAACGUCACAAGACGAAGGAAAGAUGUGAAGCAGAAUUCAUAGGACGAAGAAAAAAAAAAGCUAUGCUGGCAGAAGUGUAAACCACUGCGACAGUCUGGACAAAAAUACCUGAUGUAUCGAAAAAGCUUUAAAUUUAUUUUCAGUGACAAUGGUAUUUCUUGAAAAACAACAUUUUGUUCCAAAUAAUGCAAUAAAUCCCAGCUAUUUACUGUAAAUAAAAAAGAAAAAAGUUUACUAGUCCAAACAAAUAUGUGUGAUGAAAAAACAGAAAAAUCCUUGUAAUAGUUAUAUUUUUCCACAUUCGUGUGUUUUUCUUUUUUUGCACAAAAAGAGCAUUUGUCAUUUCCCGAGAAUCUCCCAUUUUAGUUGAUUUGAAGAGCUAUUUAGGAUUAAGGGAAAAAACAUUCAAAAUGGCUGUAAGAGGUACGAAACAACUCUAAUUUUCGAGGACUUGCAGUUUUUUUUUUUUUUUCAGAAUUAGAGAUUCUUGAGCUCUGUGACUCUGAUGGUAACGCAUAAAGAGGCACGGAUUUUGCACCACUUGCCUUUCAAACUGCAUCGUGCCAUUGCCUUGAUGGCUGCAACACUCGCAUCACUGCAUUGCCUUAAAGCUUAAUGUAGCCGAUCCUCCACCAGUAGACUCCUGGACUCUAACAGGAAACUUUUCCUACAUUCCAUCACAUCGAGCAGAAAUUGUGACUCCGCUGGUUAGUGAUUCACUUUGUACAUAAUGUAAAGACAUAGUAUUUUCUGACUAUCCAUAUGUUUACAUAGCAUUAAAGAAAAGAAUGAAGGCUGACAGAGUAAAGUGUGUGUGAGCACAGAUGUUUCGUCAUCAGGUGGCUGGGAGGUGUUGACAUGCUGCCGAUGUCUUCCUGUUCUCUGUAAUGCAAAUGAGGCUGAUGAACCGAUGAAACAAAAGGCUCAGUGUCGCUGUGUGUGGCCUAAAUUUAGUUCCUCUAUCACCGAGCACCGAGUGAGAACAGCUGAUGCAACAGCUGUUCUCACACUUCUUUAGAUCACAUAUCCAGGUGGACAUAAGCAAAAAUUUUGCUUCAUUUUGACACUCAGAUAAUUUGCUUUAUUACAGAAAUCAUCCAAGAAAAACACAAACUGAGCUCACUUUCAAAGAAAACUCGUGUUCAUUUAGAAUCCAUGUUUUCAGGCCUUUUAUGUGUUGGAAAACAGCAGAUAGAAUGUCCAUCCUGAGGCGUCUCAAAAGAAAACUAUCCCAGAUAUCAAUUUUUAAAGAUAAUAUCAAUCAAUUAUAUUACAUUUCAGCACUAGGAAAUAAUCGACUUUUGUGUUGAAGGCUCUGGAAGAAGCUAGUAAGCAGACUGAUUUUACUGUUUGAUGCACAGCGUGGGUCAGGAGAUACUCAAUUUCCAUUGGAUUUGUGUCACUUUUGCCCCAUGUUGUGCUUCAAAGGGUUAAGAUCCAUGAACAAUCUUUUAAAGUGUGUCUACAGUAAAAUUAUAAUCACAAAGCUUGUUAAAAUUAAUUCACUCUUUGAAAACAUAUCAACCUUGUAAACAAAAAAUGGCAACUUCAGACCUGAAAAAAAAAACAAAUUUAUCACCCCAACAUUGUUUAAAAAAUGUUGAGUUGUUUCCAUUGACUUUGACUCAAACUGUCUCAGAUAUAAAAAAUAUUUAAAAAUAUAUUUUUUUAAUCAAUUAUUUUACAUUUCAGCCUACUUUUUAACGAAUCUGCUGCAAUUUAUCCAACUAUAUUUUCAUUCUUGAAUACAGCAGUUCAGCGGGAUUGAAAGCUCUGGAAGAAGCUAAUAAGCAGACUCUAAGAUCCGUGCAAGAUCUUAUAAAUUAUAUUUACAGUUCAGUUAUAUUCACAAAGAUUUUUACAAAAUAGACUUCAAACCUAAAAACAAACAAACAAAUUUAUGUUCAAAAAAGUCUCUCUGUAAGGUUUAGUUGUUUACAUCGACUUCAAUCUGUGUUUAUAAAAUGACCCGUUAAAAAGGAAAAGGCUGAUCAUUUUGCGACUUCAUCAGCCGCUGAGAUGCUUUUUCUCCCACUGUGGCCUCAGUUUGUACAAUAGGUUCCUCCUUUGUGUAUCCCAUAAUGCCCCCUGCUGCCUCCCCUUUAACAACCCUGGACACCACAAAGGCUGCCCUUUACAUUACACGUCCGCGGCUUACAGCGGUAGAGCUGCUGUGGAAUUUGAACACUCGCUCGCCCUUUUCACCAUAACUUCCUCAUUAGGAGCUGGUUGCCGUGGCAACAGUCCAAACACCAUUAUGAACUAACGGCCUGUAAACCCGAAAGGGCAAACCCGUCUGCAAACUCUGGUCAUGUUUCAACUCCCAAUUCACAGUUUGUGGCUUUAUAUUAUUUAAAUUGAAUCUUUUUCUGCUUUUUUAUAUUUAAUUACAUACAAAUGCUGAAUCUGUACUAAAGAAAGUGAGUCUUCAAUUCCCCAAUGGGGUGUUUUGUACUCUGGAAAGGAAAGAUUGGACUCAGUUUGAUGUUUUUUUUUUCCUGAUGUGAUGCUAACGACAUGUCUGCUCUGUUUCAAAGGUAAAUAGGUGCUUUAACUGUUGGUCAUUUCAAAUGUGUACAAUGAGAACGAGUAAACUGAUCAGUACUUUUAGCGAAUGAUCACAUCCGAUCGCUCUGACGCUGUUUCUUUUUCUGAUGAUGACAUCGAAGAAAUGAAUAAAAUCACAUGUUGCUGUGUAAACUGGAA